AUGUCGGCAGAAGUGCCCAAGCAUUCAAUCGAGGAGUACCUGAUGUUUUUCAGGCACUGCACCAAAAGACUUCAGGAAGAAAUUCCUAAGUGUUACCCUGCUGAGAGAUUUGCCCCACAGAAGUCUAUCAUCCCAACUUCUGCACAAGACAACUUGGCUGCCCUCAGCUCAUUCCGCUUAAAUCCUACAGGAGCUGCAAUAGGGUUACUUCUUAGAGAGAUGCAGAUGAUCUGGAAGUGCACAAGGAUGCCAGAUGCACAUUCUGCCGAGUUUGACGCUUGGUGGAAAGCUAGAUUCCAAGGCCUGGCUGCCUCCAGCACUGCACUGAAAAUCCUUUUUGAUGGCUGGGAUUCUUGGGUUGUUCAUGCAAGCGAGGAGACUCACAAAUUCACGGUGCAGACCAUCAAGGCCAUCAAUGCUCAAGCCAUAGAAGAUCCUUCUCUGACAAGGAACAUAGGUGGUCAAUCUGUCCAGGUUGGAGAAGUGAUUGUUACUUUUGUCAUUGCUACUGGAGAUCUUGAGCUUCCCUCUGGAGAAGAAGAGGAUGAAACUCUGGCAGAACAACCACCUGUUGAGGCCACUCCUUCUGCUAGAAGGAAAAGAAAAGAAACUGCUCUUGCUCAGGCCAGCUCUGCCCAGCGUGAAGUCAAAAAACUUAGAAAGAGGAUCGAAGUUGAAUCUGAUGAGAUAGAAGAGCCUGCAGCUGUUCCAACUGAGACUUCUAGAAUUGAUGAUAAGCUACGAGAGGCUUUCGAAGCUGUUGAGCAGGAGAAGGAGAAAGAAAGAGAAAAAGAAGGAGAUGUUCCUUCGAAGAACGAAAAAGAGAAAGAUUUAGAAGAAGAAGAGGAGAUUCCUACCAAGGUAAUAGUAGAAAGUAUUGCCUUGGCGCAGAAACAACAGGAAAUCCCUAGGGCAGAACUGACUAGCUCGGAGUUGGCCCUUUUCGAGGAUGUAGAGGCAGAGCAUUCUACUGCUGUUCUGGCAUCUGAGAAACAAGCUGAGCUGUUUGCAUCAGAGCUUGUGGAGCGGACAGAACUUCCUGUUGCAAUCCUAAGAUUUGGAGUGGGGUAG